AUGGAGGACAUGACUGGUCCCCCUUGGGGCACACUAGCCGUUGAACAAUACUUCAUUACAAACUGGGAUUAUUCCUCAACCGCAACCCCAGAUCAGCAGCGAACAAGACUAGUCGCUGGGUUUCUUGACCUGAAUCUUAUUCCAAUGGAAUGGCUAGAUGAGGAUUGGGAAAGCCUUUCAGUUCCGCCUCGUGCGCCUACAGUGGAGGAAGUCGACACUAUUCUCCGACCUUAUCGGGUGGACGCCCUUCGGUGGCGCGCAGCUAAUAUGUUCCAUGACGAAGCAUCCCCUGUUUACUACGUACACACUACAGCACCGAAGAAGGUAAGCGAGCUAAACACGACGAAUUGA